AUGCUCCAACCAACCAAUCCUCCAUCCUCCCAGGUGCGAGAGCUUCGUAAGAAGGCGGAGGCCUACAGACAGAGGGCGUGGGGGACCCAUUUCUCCCGCCUCCACCUCAACCAGAUCCUGUCGGACCAGAACCAGCUGUGGGAGGCCUCCACCCCUUCCUCCUCUAACCUCAGCUCUGGGACAGGUUCUGGGGACGGGGAGGAAGACAGGAGUCCUACCCCCCAGGCUCUGGAGCUCGCUAGGGUUGACAGUAGCUCCAGCUCCGUAGCCGGACCCCCUCCCCUCACCCCCGUGUCCAGUAGAAGGAGCUCCACCCGGGGGCUGGGGACACAGCAGACCCCCCUGGUCACCCUAACUCUGGAGCUCCUAACCUACCUUCAGUUCUGUUACCUGUUUAUAUCCAUAUUGGAGACACCUGUCUGCCUGUCUGCCUGUCUGCCUGCCUGCCUGCCUGCCUGUCUGCCUGUCUGCUUGUCUGCCUGCCUGUGUUCCAGACUGAGGGUGCUGGACCAUCGUUCGUCGUCUGUAGCAGGCUCCCACAGGUCCAGAGAGGGUGGCAGGAUGCCCACACCCACACUGCAAAGGAUCGCUACUGUUCAGAGAACUCACCACGACCUGACGACUCCAGCCACUGGAGGUGCUAUCCUGGUGUCUCCUCCUAAGAUGGAGGCUAACGGCUGGGCGAAGAGAAGUGAACCUCCGUUGGGUAAAACCCGUUCCCCAUUUAAACCCCUCUCUCUGGCCUCGCCACAACGAGCAGCCAGACAGAAUGAGGAGCGGAAUCAUCCCCAGUCCUCUCCUGCAGCAGGGGUGACUACUGUGGACCCCCUCCCCCUGAGAGAGGACUCCUGGUCUGGGGAGACAUCUCCGGAGAACCCCCCUGACCCUCCACCGGAGCCCAAAGCCUCCCGUAAACGCACUACCAGCGGACAACCCGACGCCGCCGUCCCGGCACCUGUUAACCGCAUCCAGGGGACGCUCAGAGACCCAGAGUUCCAACAUAACGGUCAUUUAGGCCUGAGGACGUCUGAGCUGCUGCUGUGUCCUGGUGGUGGCUGUGGAACUGAUGAUGAAGAUGACAGGAUGUCCCAGAUCUCAUCCAGGUCAGCAGCGUCCUGCUCUAUGGCCUCCCAGGUCCUCGACCGAGCCCAGAGGAGGAAGGACCACUUCUGGGGGAAGAGAUAACAGGAAGCACUGUCCCCCCCCCCUCACAGUGCAUUCCAAAUGGAACCCUAUUCCCUAUUUAGUGCACUACUGUUAAGAGGAGGAAGGAUGACUUCUGGGGGAAGAGAUAACACCAUUGACACACACUAUGUACUAAACAGUGCUCUAUUCCCUAUGUAGUGCACUGCCUUUGUCUCUGAGGGAGGAUAUGACAACACUGACACACACUAUGUGCUAAACAGCGCCCUAUUCCCUAUGUAGUGCACUACCUUUGUCUCUGAGGGAGGAUAUGACAACACUGACACACAGCACAGUCUGAACCACCAUGUGUCCCAAAUGGCACCAUAUUUAACUGACCAUAUAGUACCCUGUUUUAUAACAGAAUGGAGUACACUAUAGUACCCUGUUUUAUAACAGAAUGGAGUACACUAUAGUACCCUGUU